AUGCAUGUCUGUUUGACUCUCUUCUUUUGUGUUAUACUUGGCGUAAUAGUAAUAUCAGUGAAUGGUCGUCAAUUAUCCUUGAAUAAUCCCGAUGAUGAUGAUUUGUAUUUAACCAAUUCAAAAGCUCGCUCAUUUUUAGAUGGCUUAGAUGGAGAUGAUUUAAUGGAUUUACAACGACGUGCGUGUGUGGGAUGCAAAUUUGGUAUGCUUCCAUGUUGUCAUCCAAAUAAAUGUAUUAAAAAAACAUUUCGACCAGAUGAAUGUAUGGAAAUUAAAACAAAUAAAUAG